AUGAGUGAAGAUGAUUAGGUGUUGGGGAAAAUGGAUUAGCAGUCGUACAAAAUAGUCAAAGAGUAAAAUGAACAAAUUUAAGUUACAAUUACAGAAAAAAAUGAUUAAAUUGAGAAAUUAUAAGCUAUAUAGAGAGAAUUAAUAUCAAGAAUAGAGGAAAUGUCUAAGGAUCUUGUAAAUCAAGACGAAUAAAAAAUAGUUUUGGAAAAGAGUAUUGAAAAAAUCAGAAGUGAAGAUGAAUCUAAAUAGUUUAAAUUGAAAGAUCAAUUGAUUCAAUUCGAACAAAGAUAUACCGAAUAAGAAAAGCUGAAUGAAAUAUCGUUCAAUUAAUAAAAAUUCAGAGAACCAAAUAGAUAUUUUUGUGAUGUAUAAAAAUGCAAGGACGGAAAAAAUUAAUUGAAAGUCUUGUUCCACCCCGACUUUAAAAUUAUAAAGUUAUCGACCGAUAUUCAAUAAAAAUCUAUGAAUUUUAUUGCUUACUUGGAAAAUAAUGAUAUUUCUCAUGUGAUUUAACAAAAAUUUCAAACAGAUUCAAAAAAUAAUAAAGUUAUUUAAGGAAAUGAAGUAACCCUUAAAAUCGAAUGA